CAGGGGUGAAGAGGAGGAGAGAGGCAGCGUCUCUUACUGAUGCUGAGUCACAUUACAGUGGGACCAAAGCCGCAUCCCAUGAGUCUUUGGGAAUCAUGGAGGAGCUCGAGCACACCUGCCCUCAUCCACGGACGACUCUGACAAAGCCGGCCAUCUUUGCCAGGGAGAGCAGUUGUGAUUGUCGCGCCCCUCAUGAGAAGCUCACCAUCGCUCAGGCCCGCAGAGGCACCCCAGUGGACCGGCCCGUCAGAGUGUACGCAGAUGGCAUCUUCGACCUCUUCCACUCUGGGCACGCUCGUGCUCUCAUGCAGGCCAAGAACCUUUUCCCCAACACCUACCUCAUAGUAGGAGUGUGCAGUGAUGAGCUGACCCACAAGUUUAAGGGCUUCACGGUGAUGACGGAGUUCGAGCGUUAUGAAGCACUGAGACACUGCCGCUACGUGGACGAGGUUCUGAGAGAUGCUCCCUGGACUCUCACACCGGAGUUCCUCGAGAAACACAAGAUCGAUUUUGUGGCUCACGAUGACAUCCCGUACUCCUCAGCAGGGAGUGAGGAUGUCUACAAACACAUCAAGGAGGCAGGUCAGGAUGUUGUUCCUACUCAGCGGACAGAAGGCAUCUCCACAUCGGACCUGAUCACCAGGAUCGUCAGAGACUACGACGUCUACGCCCGACGCAACCUCCAACGAGGAUACACGGCCAAGGAGCUCAACGUCAGCUACAUCAACGAGAAGAAGUACCGGCUGCAGAACCAGGUGGACCGGAUGAAGGAGAAGGUGCGCACGGUGGAGGAGAAGAGCAAACACUUUGUCUACCGGGUGGAGGAGAAGAGCGCCGACCUCAUCCAGAAGUGGGAGGAGAAAUCCAGAGAGUUCAUCGGAAACUUCCUGGAACUGUUUGGACCCGACGGGACCUGGAAACAGGUGUUUCAGGAGCGCAGUGGACGGAUGCUGUCCUACGCUCUGUCCCCCCGAGGGUCUCCCUGCAACAGCCCCCCCCCGCGAUCUCCCCCCUGCGCUCCCCGUCCCCCCCCCUGCCCCCCUGCCCGCUGGAACAACGCACGGCCAUCGCCCCCAAACUCCCCCAAAGGAGCGUCGGCCUCCAUCAGCAGCAUGAGUGAAGGGGACGAAGACGAGAAGUAGAUGGACUGUGAUGGACACACACACACACACACACACACACACACGUAAACAUUCACACACUUCACUCACAGUACAAUGCCUGGGAACUGCACACACACACACACACGCACGCACGCACACACACACACACACACAUGUAGAUGUAUACACACACACUUCACUCACAGUACACUGCCUGGGAACUGCUCACACUCACACAGACACACAAACACAUACACACACCUGGCUGGAUACUGAAACACUUUAUCCUCAAGGAAGUAGCUAGAAUGCAAAGAAGAAGGGGAUCAUGGGAAAUGAAGUUCUGUGCUGCAGAGCUAAGAAGCCAUCAUCGCACAGGAAGAAGAGGAUUUGCGAGAAGGUCCAGAAUGCUUUGCGGCAUCUUUCAGGAGGAUUAGCUUUUUGUGGAGAGACUGUCCGACAGCCUUCAUGGCACCACCCUCACUGUCCUGUUCUGUUCAUUGACAGUUCUGUCACCACUAGAUGUGAAAAGACACACAAACACUGUGUGACGUUCAGCUCCACAUCGACAGGAUUCAUCGCGGGCUCAUUUAGUACUUGCUGAACUGAGAGUUAGGAAUUAAAGACUGCACGUCGUAGAUUAGCAGAGGUGAAGUGUUGGCACUAGAACACAUAAUCAGAGCUAGUUUGCACCCUUUAAGCAUAAACGGCUGGCGAGGAGAAUAAACCAGUGAUCCAUGAGUCUUUGUUCCCACGCCACUAAAACAGAUAAAGACUAUCAUUCAGAAAAUCAUAGGAAGUUAAAAUCAGCCUGUGGGAUUAGCUGUGUCCAAAAAGCUCUGAGUUUGGGAGGUGGUUUUAUCACCUCUGUUGUACAGCUUUGUUUGAAAUCAAACGAUAUAAUCUAAGUAGUGAAGAUCAAGAGUUUUUAAAUGAAAAUUAAAGAAGUCUGUAUUAAAUUAAACACUAAAACAAGCCUCUUUUGAUCCUUAAAACGUUAUUAGCUUCUUGAAUGUAAACUGAGUCUCUGAGACAAGUAGAGAUCAUUGUAAUCACCCUAAUUUCCCUAAAUCAUCACAUUAGGACACACAAAUAUCACAGGUAUUAGAGGAAACAUUUGUGGAUGUUCAGCCUAACUAGCCAUGUAUCAUUUGAAGGUUUGCCAUGUUUUAUCUCUCAAUGUUUAGCAGACAUCGUUGCUCUUUGGAUUUUGAUGUCAGCUGUUCAUCAAACCCGUCAAACUUGGAGAUGCAGCCUUUCUCUCGGACUCUGAAGAUACUUGAAAUAAACAAUAAGCCCUCCAGGUGAACUGUCAGCAGCCGGAUCAUCAUGUUUUUAGUCGCUAGAUGUAGCUACGUAAUAACUCUUUUUUUUCUCCAAUCAUACAAUAAAUACUCUAAUGCAAUGUAGAGACCUUAACGUCCUGUACGCACUACAUGUUAAUCUGCACUAUAUGUACAAACUUUGGGAAUGUGUGUCUUUUUUAUCUUUUAAAUCUUAAUGUUCAAACGGCUUGAUCUGUAAAUAAAAAAAUCUAUAACCAAAUGUGAA